CCACCUCUUCUCAAUUAGACAUCCAAGAGGGCAUCUCAUACUUUGUAGAAACAAUGUCCAAUGAGCAAGAUAGACCUACUUUUGAAAUCCCCGUCUUAUCAACAGAUCCGCAGAAAGAAGAUGAGAAACCAAAGACUAAUGGGGAUGUCAAGGGUAAAGGCAAGGAUGAAUCUGACGAACCUGAGAUGUCAGAAGAGGAUCUUCAGUUAAAGGGCGAACUUGAAAUGCUGGUCCAACGACUAAGAGAAUCGGAUACCAACCUUUAUCUCCCGGCAUUGGAGAGUCUGAGAACUUUGAUAAAGACAAGUACUAGCUCAAUGACGAGUGUACCUAAACCUUUGAAAUUCUUGAGACCGCAUUUUGAGGAGUUGCAGAAGAUCCGGGAAGGUUGGGAUGUUGGGUUGAAAGCUGAACGAGCCUUACUCGCCUCUAUUCUAUCUGUUCUCGCCAUGACCUACUCCGACACUGGCAAACGUGACACUCUUCACUACUCCCUCAUAUCCGAAGUAAACGAAGAAGAUCCAGGUUCUUGGGGACACGAAUAUGUUCGACACUUAGCUGCUGAGCUCGGGGAAGAAUACAACGCACGUUUCGUAGCCGAGGUAGAAACAUCAGAGAGCAAGUUGAACGAAAAGUCUCAAGACCGAGAGUAUCCUGUGGAGGAUCUCAGAGCAUUGGGUAUGGAGCUAGUUGACUUUUUCUUGAAACACAACGCCGAGGCAGACGCCGUGGAUCUGUUACUUGAACUCGAGGUCAUCGAAUGGUUGAUACCUAAAGUGGACGAAAAGACGUGGCCUAGAGUGUGUCAGUAUAUGGUAGGAUGUGUGCCUUUACUCAUGCCUCCCGAUGAUAGGGCGUUCUUACGGACUGCAGCUGAGAUAUAUGCUGCUCAUGGUCGAUAUCCGGAAGCCCUCGCAUUGGCUAUACGGAUGAACGACCGUGAAUUAGUUCGCAUCUACUAUGCUGCACCUAAAAAUCUGAUCAUGAAGAAGCAAUUGUCCUAUCUCCUCGCCCGUGCUCUUGUCCCCAUUUCAUGGGUUCACACCCCUGAGGAUGCAGAGAAGGAAGGUGAAGGCCCUGCUCCUGAACAGUCUGAGGAUUUACUUGCUUGCCUGGGCAACGUUCAGCUCUCCCAACACUUCAAGAAUUUCGGGAAAGCCGUUGGCGUUCACGAACCUCGAUCCGUUGAUUCUGUUUACAAAACUCAUCUCGAAACUGAAAAGACCAACUACAACGUGGAUUCUGCUCGUAACAACCUUGCCGCCACAUUCGUCAAUGCCUUUGUCAACGCUGGUUUCUCGAAUGACAAGCUUAUGGUGGAUGCGGAUGAAGGUCAAAGUUGGAUCUAUAAGAACAAAGAUCAUGGUAUGAUGUCUGCCGCUGCUUCAGUCGGUAUGAGCAUGAUAUGGGAUUCAGAAGCCGGACUCGAUGCUAUCGACAAAUACUCGUACUCUUCUGAAGAACAUAUCAAAGCGGGGGCUUUACUCGCUAUGGGUAUUCUUCACGCCGGGGUGAGAACCGACCCUGAUGUGGCCUUUGCCCUGCUGGAAGAUCACGUCGACAGCAAAAGUUCCCCCCUGAAAAUUGCUGCCAUGAAUGGGUUAGCCAUUGCUUAUGUCGGGUCAUGUAGACAGGACGUGACGGAGAAAUUGGUACCUCAUGUGAUGGAGGAUAGCAACUCGAUGGAAGUAGUUUGUAUGGCGGCUCUGGGAUUAGGAUUCGUCCACGUCGGAUCGGGAGAUGGAGAAGUUGCAAGUAAUAUUUUGCAGGUGAUGAUGGAAAAGAGUCCUGAAGAUCUCGAAUCUCCUUGGGUCAUCUUCAUGUGUCUUGCUCUGGGGUUGGUUUUCUUGGGUACGCAAGAUGCUUCAGAGGCCACCGUGGAAACAUUACGAACCAUUGAUCAUCCUAUCGCCAACGUGGCUCAGAUCCUCGUAGACGUCUGUUCCUACGCCGGUACAGGCAACGUUCUCAAGAUUCAAGAUAUGCUUUACAUCUGUUCAGAACAUGCUGCCCCUCCUAAAAAGUCCGAUGCUUCAGAGACAGAAACCCCAGCUGGAUCCCCUGAAUCUUCUCCUAUCGAUGCAGAAGGAGAUAUUUCAAUGUCUGCCAAUGGUCCUACUCCUCUACUACCCCCUGCAGAACCUUCUGCACCCCGAGCUUUACCCGCCUCCGCCCCUACACUCGCCCCAGCUACCGAGGAGACUCCUGAAGAACAGGCUACUCCCAUCCGACACCAAGCAGUAGCCGUCAUGGGUAUCGCUUUGGUCGCCAUGGGUGAAGAAGUUGGCGCUGAAAUGGCAUUGAGACAAUUCCAACAUCUGAUGACUUAUGGUGACCCGAUCAUCCGUAAAACCGUCCCAUUGGCACUCGGUCUGAUAUCGGCGUCUAAUCCUCAGAUGGGGAUAAUGGACACAUUGUCGAAAUACUCGCAUGAUUCGGAUUUGGAUGUGGCGUGUAAUGCGGUAUUGGCCAUGGGAUUAAUUGGAGCGGGAACGAACAAUGCGAGGUUGGCUCAGAUGUUGAGAGGUUUAGCGGUUUAUUAUCAUAAAGAGGCAAAUGUUCACUUUAUCGUACGUGUGGCGCAGGGAUUAGUACACAUGGGAAAAGGAACAAUCGGAUUGAACCCUUUCUUCAACGACGGACAGAUCAUGUCGCGUCCCGCCAUGGCUGGACUUUUGGCCCUUUUGGUGUCGUUUACCGAUGCGAAGAACUUCGUCCUCUCCAAGCACCAUUGGAUGCUUUACUGGCUUUCCACCGCCAUGUACCCUCAAUUCUUCAUAACCCUCGACGAAAAUCUCGAAGAGAAAGCGGUCACCGUCCGUGUCGGUCAAGCUGUCAAUACCGUCGGUCUCGCUGGUACUCGACAUGGUAUCUCUGGUUUCCAAACGCAUCAAACGCCGGUACGUAUAGGAACUGGUGAGAGAGCAGAGUUGGCGACGAACGAGUAUUUCCCUUAUCAAACCGUAUUGGAAGGUCUGGUCAUUUUGAAGAAAAACGAACAAUACGACGCAGAAGAUUAGACGGGUAUUGUGAAUGGUUUUGUACAUAUUUGAGGAUGAAAUACCAAGCAUGCAUGCAUCUUCUAAGUC